AUGCUCCCUAGCCCGGGCUUUGUCUCCCUCGCCUUGCCCACCGCCCGCCGCCUGGAUGCCCCCUGCCACUCCAGCCCUGCUCGCCCGCAGCCCACGCCUCUCUGGCUCGCCGCUGAGACCGCCCGCCGUCCCCCAGCCAGGCUGGCUGCUACCUGGGCACAGUCGCAGAAGGGCGGGCAGGCGGCAAGCGCGAGGGCAGGGCGCCCGGCCGGCAUCGAUCCCGGCGGCGUGUCUGCCCGGCACUGCCCGGGGCCCGAGCUGCGAGAGCCCCGAGAGCCCCCAGCCCAGCCGCGUCUCUCGGCAUCCACAAGUGUUUGCUGUGCGGAGACCCAACAAGUCGAGGUCCGCCACGUCUGGCGAGAGGCCGCCUGCUUGGCGGAGGCGCCGGCUUCGGGCGCAAGGACGGGGCUCCCGCUGCCCUCCGCGGAAGGGGACGGUCGGCGAGAGGACGCCUUCGAGCCCAGCGCACGCCGCGGCGCCUUGCCCCCCUUGGCGCGGACAGCGCUGGCCGUCUGGGGGCGACUGGGCUGCGCCCUUAGGAUGUCCGGGAAAGUUCUCCUGGUGUACCUGACCAUCUGUCCAGCCUUCCAGAUCAGGGCUGAGAGCACAGAGGAAUAUGACUACGAUUACCUCGGCACCAACAAAACGUGGGUCCUGACCCCCAGAGCCCAGGAAACAGAUGCCACCCAGAUCCUCAACUCCCUGCUCCAGAAUUAUGACAACAAACUGAGGCCAGAUAUUGGCAUCAAACCCACUUUUAUUGAUGUGGACAUCUACGUAAACAGCAUUGGACCUGUCUCCGUGAUCCACAUGGAAUACACCAUCGAUAUCUUCUUUGCCCAAACCUGGUAUGACCGGCGCCUUCGCUUUAACAGCACCCUCAAAGCUCUUACCCUCAACACCAACAUGGUGAGCAGGAUUUGGAUCCCAGACACCUUUUUCAGGAACUCCAAGAGGGCUGACUCCCACUGGAUCACCACCCCCAAUCAGCUCCUCCGGAUCUGGAAUGAUGGGAAAGUCCUCUACACACUCAGGUUAACAAUUGAAGCUGAAUGUCUGCUUCAACUGCAGAAUUUCCCCAUGGACACACACUCCUGCCCUCUCGUUUUCUCCAGUUAUGGCUAUCCACGAGAUGAAAUAAUCUACCGCUGGAGAAGGUAUUCCAUAGAAGUCUCUGACCAACGCACCUGGAGGCUGUAUCAGUUUGACUUCACGGGUCUGAGGAACACAUCUGAGGUUCUCAGAACAGGUGCUGGAGAAUACAUGGUCAUGACAGUGUCCUUCGACCUGAGUAGACGGAUGGGCUACUUUGCUAUCCAGACGUACAUCCCAUGCAUCUUGACCGUUGUUUUGUCCUGGGUCUCCUUCUGGAUCAAGAGGGACUCCACGCCUGCCAGGACAUCUCUGGGUAUCACUACUGUGCUCACCAUGACUACGCUGAGUACCAUCUCUCGCAAGCAUCUACCCAGGGUCUCGUACAUCACAGCCAUGGACCUGUUCGUCUCUGUGUGUUUCAUCUUUGUCUUUGCCGCCCUCAUUGAAUAUGCAACACUCAACUACCUGGUGGGAAACAAGAAACCUAUAGAGCACAACAAGAAACCCAGGCUGCCAGCCAGUCAUGCCCACAUGGUGCCCUCCUACACCACCAUCAACAUCAACAGCAUGCUGCACUGGCCUCCAGAGGUAGAAGACGAUGAGAGUGAAGAGCUGGGCUCCCCUUGUGCAGAAGGAAAGGAAUGCCAGAGGUUCUUUUGCUGCAUUGAGGACUGUCAAACAGGGAUGUGGCGGGAGGGUCGGAUCCGCAUCCACAUUUCCCGCCUGGACUCCUAUUCUCGAGUUUUCUUCCCCACUGCCUUCCUGCUCUUCAAUAUUGUGUACUGGAUCGCCUAUCUCUAUCUCUAG